AUGGCGGAUAAUCUUCUUAGUGGUGUCCUACCAUAUUCCAUUGGCAAGUUUUCAAAUUCUCUGCAAUCUAUUGUUGCAUUCGGAAACCAGAUAAACGGUCCAAUUCCAGAAUCAAUUGGGGCAUUAAGAAACUUGAAUUCAUUGGUGUUAGGAGAUAGCAACCUCAACGGAUAUAUUCCAGUGACUAUUGGCAAUUUGCGAAACUUACAAAGGUUGCAUCUCUAUAACAACCAAAUUGAAGGAUCCAUCCCUGAAGAAAUUUGCAAUCUAAGAAAUCUAGGAGAAUUGUCACUCCAAAAUAACAGGCUCACCGAAUCGAUUCCACAUUGCAUUGGAUCACUUAAUCAUCUUCAAAGGCUAUAUCUCAACAAUAACUCAUUGAUCUCCACAAUUCCUGCAAGUUUGUGGACCCUUGAAAAUCUCAUUUCCAUGGAUUUAUCAAACAACUCCUUAGGUGGGAACCUGUCUUUGGAAAUGAAAAUGUCGAGUCAUGGAAAAGUUGAAUAUUUCUCAGAAUCAAAUCAGAGCUGUGCUGAUCUUUGUUUGUCUUCUCUGCAUACUGAGAGCAUACAAACAAAAUAUCAAAAAAAAAGUACUCCAAGUUCUCCGGAUUCGGUGCAAAUACCUGAGCACAAAAUGAUUACAUAUCAUGAACUUCGUCGCGCUACAAGUGACUUCUCUGAAGCCAAUCUGCUCGGAAUUGGGAGUUACAGUUUGGUCUAUAUGGGAAUGAUUUCUGAUGGUACAGUUGUUGCUAUAAAGGUUCUGAAACCAAAUUUGGAGGGCGCAUUCAAAAGUUUUGACAUAGAGUGCAAAGUCUCGCAGACAACUCGACAUAGGAAUCUUGUUAAGAUCAUCAUCUCUUGCUCGAAUCCCGAGUUUAGAGCCUUGAUUAUGGAGUAUAUGUCAAACGGAAGUCUUGAGAAGUGGUUGCACUUUGAAAACCACAACUUAAAUCUCUUUCAGCGGAUCCACAUCAUGAUUGAUGUGGCAACAACUUUAGAUUAUCUCCAUUAUGAUUAG